AUGGCAUCCGAACUUUGUAAGACGAUCUCUGUGGCAAGGCUGGAAAAGCACAAGAAUUUGUUCUUAAAUUACAGGAAUCUGCAGCAUUUCCCAUUGGAGUUACUGAAAGAUGAGGGACUACAGUACUUGGAGAGACUCUACAUGAAAAGGAACUCCCUUACAACCUUGCCAGAAAACCUUGCUCAGAAGCUUCCAAACCUUGUGGAACUGUAUCUUCACUCAAAUAACAUAGUUGUGGUUCCGGAAGCCAUUGGGUCCCUUGUAAAACUACAAUGUUUGGAUCUUAGUGACAAUGCCUUAGAAAUCGUUUGCCCAGAAAUUGGUCGUCUGAGAGCUUUACGUCAUCUUCGAUUAGCUAAUAACCAACUGCAAUUCCUACCUCCAGAGGUUGGCGAUUUGAAGGAGCUGCAGACACUAGACAUUUCUACCAAUCGUUUGCUAACUUUACCCGAGAGGCUUCACCUGUGCCUUUCUCUGCAGUACCUCACUGUGGACCGAAAUCGUCUAUGGUGUGUGCCGCGCCACCUCUGCCAGCUGCCCAGCCUCAAUGAGCUCUCCAUGGCUGGAAACCGUCUUGCAUUUUUGCCACUUGAUUUAGGUCGAUCUCGAGAACUUCAAUACGUGUACGUGGAUAACAACAUUCAUCUGAAAGGCUUGCCAUCCUUUCUGUACAACAAAGUCAUCGGGUGCAGUGGCUGUGGUGCUCCCAUUCAAGUUUCUGAGGUGAAGCUGCUUUCCUUUUCAUCAGGGCAACUAACCGUUUUCCUCCCUGCUGAGGUGAAGGCCAUAGGGACAGAGAAGGAUCACGUCCUGCCUCUGCAGGAGCUGGCCAUGAGGACUCUGCAUCACACCUACCACGCUUCUCUAAAAGAUCUGGACUUCCUGUCUCCAGUCUCGUUGCCCAGAAGCCUCCUGGAGCUGCUGCACUGCCCCCUGGGACACUGUCACCGGUGCAGCGAGCCCAUGUUUACGAUCGUCUACCCCAAGCUCUUUCCCUUGAGAGAGACGCCAAUGGCAGGGCUGCACCAGGGGAGGACAACUGUGAGUUUUGUGGCUUACUGCUGCUCCACCCAGUGUCUGCAGACUUUUGACCUACUGAGUUGA